CUCCAGCGUCGGCCCGAUCCCGCUCGCCGCAUUACCACCCCAAAACCAUCAACUGACGUCUGUAGGGCCCGUGAGAAAGAGGAUUUCACCGACUUUGUGCUGAUCUGUGGCAAUGAGAGAUUCCCAGUUCACAAAGUCAUCGCGUGCAGCCAGUCAAAAGUCUUUUAUGCGGCGUGCAAAAAUCCAUUCAAAGAAGCGGAGUCCGAAGAGUAUGAUAUUCUUGAACAAUCGCCAGGAAUGGUGCGUCGGAUGGUGGAUUUCUUUUAUACCGGAAAUUACAUGGACAACAGCAAUACAAACCAACAUCUAAGCAGCAAUGAGGUUGAGCACAACGACGAAGAGGGAACCACGGCUCUACGUACACACGCUAGGAUGUUCGCCCUGGCCAACAUAUACCAAGUUGACCAGCUACAAAACUUAGCCGCCGCCAAGUACGACAAGGCGGUGGAGGAAACUUCCCAUAUCCAGGACGUGCUUGAUUCGAUACCGGAUAUCUAUGGGCUGACUCCCGACUCUGUCCGGACCCUUCGCGAGAUCGCAGUUAUGGCCGUUCGCAUUAAGCUCGGGCACCAAUCUGCCGCCGCUUGCGCUAGAAGCUCGGAGGGUAGAAGCGAAGCUGCUGCAUACAGCGUAAUGGCACUUCUGGACACGGGUGCUACUGGAACACUCGAAUUUAUGAAGGACUUGCUAAGCUCUUAUAUCCGAGCUCCUUUGUUAGGAAGCUGUUUCAACUGUAAUACUGAGAACCUGCAGCCUGCGGAGCCUUUGCAAAUCAAAUGUCUGAAAUGUGGGAAGGGCGGGGCGACGCCGUUAUGGAGAAGAUCGGGGUAUAGGAUCUCGAAAUAUAAGCCUACAAGUUGA